AUGCCCAAAAAGAAGGGCAAGUCGGCAGAGCAAAAGGCUCAGAAGCUGGCAAAGCAAUCAAAGAAGGCUGCAAAAGGCGAAAAGAAAAUUAAAGCGAAGACAGCGGCUCUCAACGCUGACUCAGACGCCGACGAUGAUGUUGACCUCGACGCAGUCCUCGCCGCCUAUGCUGAAGAGCAGGCCAAGUUUCUCAAAAUCACAGAGAUCCAAUGCUCUCCACCAGGACCGAGAUCGUCAAGUACAUUGACUGCGUCGCCGUCCAAUCGUAACGAACUGUUCCUGUUUGGUGGAGAGUAUCAUGAUGGCACAGUAGCUUCCUUCUACAACGACCUCUUUGUCUACUUGAUCGACAGAGGUGAGUGGCAUCAGGUGAGCUCAGGUAACAGUCCUCUUCCUCGCAGUGGGCAUGCGGCAUGCCGAGGAGGAAACACGGGAGGUAUCUACAUAUCGGGUGGCGAGUUUUCCUCACCGAAACAGAACCAGUUUUACCAUUACCACGACUUCUGGCACUUGGACACCGACACUAGGGAGUGGACCAAAAUAGAGCCGAAAGGGAAGAACAAGAGUCCUCCAGCGCGGAGUGGCCACAGAAUGACCUACUUCAAAAACUAUGUGGUGCUUUUUGGCGGCUUCCAAGACACUUCUCAACAGACUAAAUAUCUCAAUGACACCUGGAUCUACGACUGCAAGGAGAACGUUUGGCAUGAACUGAAACUGCCUCCAGCAGCCCAGAAGCCCGACGCGAGGUCUUCCUUCACUUUUCUGCCUCACGAGUCUGGCGCUGUCCUUUACGGAGGCUACUCGCGAGUCAAAGUGGCCGCUACCAGUGGCAAGCAAGGAAAGGGAGUCGGCCAACUUGUCAGAAAUGUUCUCAAGCCAGUCGUCCAUCAAGACACAUGGUUCCUCAGAAUUACACCCCCUCCUUCGGAUGCUCCCAGUGGCACCACUCCUACAUUGCGUUGGGAGCGUCGGAAACGACCCGCGAACGCACCUAAUCCUCCUCGGGCUGGAGCCACAAUGGCUUUCCAUAAAGGACGUGGUGUGCUAUUAGGGGGUGUCCAUGAUGUCGAGGAAAGUGAAGAGGGCAUUGACAGCGAAUUCUUCAAUGAAAUGUUCAUCUGGAAUAUUGACCGCAAUCGCUUUUUCCCGCUUACGCUCAGACGACCGAAAGUUGGGGCAAAAAAACAGACACAGGCGGCUCGAGCUCGGGACAGGGGCAAAGCCGAUGAAGAGGAACUCUUACGAAACCUUGCAGCCCUCGAAAGUAAAGGGACGAUCGCGGCGAUGGAUGACCUGAACCUCAACCCGACUGAAGAUGCCAGAGAGGAAUCACCUCCCAACAAAAAGGAGUAUCCUGUACGCUUCGAAAUGCCACAUCCUCGCUUCAACGCACAAUUGACUGUCCAGGAUGAUGUUCUAUACAUUUUUGGAGGCACCUUUGAGAAGAAAGACGUCGAGAUCACAUUUUCUGACCUCUAUGCCGUCGAUCUGGGUAAACUUGACGGAGUGAAGGAACUGUACUACGUCGAACCAACCAAUUGGAACGUCACAACCCAAGACAGUGACGAGGAAAUGGAUGAGGAUGGAGAGGAAGAUGACGAUUCAGACAUGGACACAGAUGAAGACGACACCAUGUCGGUUGAUGCACCAUCUAGCGCACCGACAGAGCUCACCGGGUCGGCCCCUGAACCCGAAACAGCAACGGAGGUUGAAACAGAAUCCAGUGCUUCGCAGGAUUCACGGCCCUUCCCUCGACCAUUCGAGUCGUUACGAGACUUUUAUGCCCGGACAUCAGAAGAGUGGCAGAGAUUGGUGCUCGAAAGCAAAAAGGGUGCAGCAGAUCAAUCUAUCAAAGAGCUUCGCAAAGCAGCAUUCGAGCAAGCGGAGGACAGAUGGUGGGACUGCCGAGAGGAGAUCCGUGAUUUGGAAGACGAGCAAGAGGCUGCUGGAAUUGGCGAGAUCGUCAAUAUAUCUGAUCGGGUCGGUGCAGCAGAGGGCGGAGCAGGCAGACGGCGUUGA